GACAGCUGAUGGUUUCCACUUAAAAUGCUAUUCAAAACACACACAAACCCUACGACAACAAUUGAAGAGACAUAUAAUUUCAUACUUUAUUUAUUAAUUUGCGUAUAUUUAUAGGCUGUCACAAAAAGCAAUGCAGUCAGAGCAUAUAAAUAAUCAGGAAACAAACGUCAGACACACAGAAAUGCACUUUGGCUUUGGUUCAAAUAAGCCUCAAUAAGUAAUGACAAAAACGCCUAAGUGAUCCCAAACCAGCCUUAAUUUUAUUCACCCGCCCAAGUCUAUGUUUUCACCCGCAAGACAAAAUUUAGAUUUCAAACCACCCAAUUAGCUGUGAAGUCCCGCGAUCUGGCAACAAGAUGGUCGUUCGAGUGCAAACAUGUGUGUACCGAUGGUACACAUAUGUUGAACCUACUGCGCAGGACUGCACUCGCCCAUUAUGUUUCGCCUUAGACCUGGAUACAUACAUUUCCAGACGGGACAAAGACAUCGCUGUCAUUAUUCUGCAGACAUGUUACUUGCGUUUUUGACGGUUUCGUGUGUCUUCUUUGGUUCAUCUGUUGGUGAAGAAGUGUGCUAUGGGCACAAAUUUAAGUUACCAUUAGAAUAUAGUCCCCCUCUUUACAAUGGACCAUUAUACUUCAUACCAAGUAAUGGGGGCCCCAGGAAACUGGUGAUGGACGAUGGGGAGGUGAAGGACCCACGCUUCACACUCAGCACUUACUCCUUUCACUUAAACGACGUGAUGGAAAGAGAUGAUGGAUAUUUUUCCACAUCGUUUAAUGGUGAAAACAUGAUUGCCAAACUGAAAUAUCUGGAUUGUGCUGAAAGUAUCUCAAGGAAAUAUGGGCAUGAGUGGAGCAAAAGGAUCCCUUCAUACGCCAGUUUCCUGGAAUACACUAAUUUGAAUAGUUCAGACCACCCAAAGAUCCUGUGGAAUCGCACAGACCCUGAAGUCAUUGUCGGACAAAAAGGACGAGUGAUAAUAAAUGCCUUUGAGAUUUUGCACCUCACCCAGGAAGACAAUGGCUACUACAACUUCAGGAAAAGAGACAACACUCUUCUGUAUAGGGGGCGCCUCGUGGUAGAAGGGGAAACUAUACACUAUGAUCCAGAGUGGGACAGCCGCCUCAUGAUCGAUUAUCCUCGGACUGAUCGCAAAUGGACUGUGACUUUUACGCCUAAGGGGGAAAUGAAACCCCAAACAGUGAUGAAAGCAGGUGAUCUGGUCAGCAGUGAACGCUGGUUCAGUUAUAGAAUUCAGGCUAUAUAUCAUGGAAUAGAAAUUAAUCCUGUGGACAGCACCGACUCUGGUACCUUUGAGUUCAGAGACCCGCAAGGCAACCUGGCAUUGACUGCGAUAGUGGAGGUAUAUCAAGAGUUAUCUGAUGCAAUGCAAUAUUUAGUGCUCUUUGCCAUGAUGAUCCUUGGAUGGAUUCUCUGCUGUUGCUGGUACAGUUGUAAAAGAAGUUGUAAAAAGGACAAGUCUGCCCCUCAGGCUGCAGAAGCUCCUGCUGUGCAUGGCCAUGGUGAUCAUAAACCUGCAGCAAGUACUCAGCUUACCUCUCUCAUCAGCCUCAGACCUCGUUGUACCCUACAGCUACCUCCUAUGAGCCAGCAGUUACACCACCAGCAGGGCCGAUACCUGCUCCAUGUCCAUCAGUCGGCCCAGGCGUUCUCUCCUCAGACUCUGAGCCGAGGUUUGAGACGAAAGGACUGGCCCUUUCCUCUGCUUCUCCUCUCAACGUAG